AUGACUAUCGCCCAUGUCGCCAUGGAAGUGCAAGUAAAAGGUCAUGAUCAAAUGACAGAAACUCGUCCGACAAGCAGCACAUUCGACAAUGGGCAGAGUUUCUGUCAAGGAACUGGCAUUCCGGAAAAAGCAGUAGCCGCUGGUGGCGAUAGCACAACUGUAAUUAUGGCAAAUAGUAAAUUUCACAUAGAUACGUAUCCGAACGCAGGGUCGGACAAUAACUUUUGUGAAGAAAUUGGACAUGAGGCAGAGUUCUUACAUGGAGAUGAGGCAGCCCAAUAUCUGCUGAAUGAACAACAGGCUCAGCAUCACCAGGUAACUUGGCUGGACGACGAAGAUAUCGAUACACUCGAUCUAGCUACGUUGGAUAUUGGAAACAUGUUUAAUCGAGUGGACAGCGCGGAAAUUAUAUACCAACAGAAAAAGAAAAAUAUAAAAAUGGUUGGCAAGUAUGUAAUGGGCGAUGUGUUAGGUGAAGGCUCGUAUGGCAAAGUUAAAGAGGUGCUUGAUUCCGAGAACCUUUGUCGAAGAGCUGUAAAAAUAUUAACAAGACGCAAAUUGAGACGUAUACCGAAUGGUGAACAGAACGUACAAAGAGAGAUCAAGUUAUUAAAGCAGCUAAAGCAUAAAAAUGUAGUGGCGCUAUUAGAUGUUUUGUACAACGACGAGAAACAAAAGAUGUAUCUUAUAAUGGAAUAUUGCGUUGGAGGGCUUCAGGAAAUGCUUGACAAUGCCCCUGAAAAGAAAAUCCCUUUAUUUCAAGCCCAUCGAUAUUUUCGGCAAUUAGUUAAUGGCUUGGAAUAUUUGCAUGGCAUGCGAGUCAUACACAAAGACAUAAAGCCCGGCAAUCUUCUUUUGACUCUAGACGAAACCUUAAAAAUAUCGGACUUUGGCGUUGCUGAGCAACUGGAGUUGUUUGCUCCAGACGACACGUGUACAACGGGACAGGGAUCUCCGGCAUUCCAGCCUCCAGAAAUCGCAAAUGGUUUGGAGUCAUUUUCGGGUACAAAAGUGGAUAUUUGGAGCAGUGGAGUCACUCUGUACAAUUUGUGCACAGGAAAGUAUCCAUUCGACGGCGACAAUAUUUAUCGUUUACUCGAAAGUAUUGGUCGCGGCCAGUGGGAAGCUCCCGAUUGGCUGUAUAAGCUAGAUGAGAAGCUUGCGGUUUUAAUACUAGGAAUGCUGCAGGAUAACCCGGAAAAACGCUAUUCCAUACAGCAAAUAAGACAAGACCCUUGGUUUAUUUCGGCACCUGAAGAAAAAGGACCACCGAUACCCAUUCCGCCACUAAAAAGUGAUAAAUAUCGCCGUUCAACUGUACUGCCUUAUUUAGAUGCCUACCAUUAUGAAACUGACCGUGAUUUGGAAGAAGUGUACUUCACCGAGCAUGACUUAAAUCAGGAGUUAGCACGAAAAGCGGCCGCUGCUGCAGCAGAAAUUAAGGCACAGCAACAGCAUAAUUCCUUUGCAACAAUGGCAGCUUCAUCAAGCAGCUAUCACAAUGCACAAUCUUGUUCCAAUUCAGCUUCCCACCACACAAAGGAGAAAAAAUCAUCCUCAUUGAAAAGACGAGCAAAAAAACUCACCUCCUGUAUUUCUGUUCGAAAGUUAUCCAACUGUCGUCCUUCUUAG